CUUUCACUACAUAACCGAAUUACAUCAAUUAUUUCAAACAUAUUUUUUUGCAAUUAGAAUUUUAUGCCUUUCAAAAUAAGCCUUAUUUUUGGGUAUUGUUGCAUUGUGUUUUGAAGUAGUUAAUAAUGUUAAUACAGAUCAUUUUAUUGUUUUUACUGGUGUGGCUCUUUGUGUUGCGAUGGCAGAGAAGAAAGCUGAUCGAACUGUCCCAUAAGCUUGGUGUUACCAACCACAUGACAUUGCCAUUCGUGGGACACGCUUACAUAUUCUUUGGAAGUGAUGAAGAUCGAAUGACGAAAUUCCAGAAAUUGGGCCGAGAAGCGAUCGCGAGUAAGCAUGGAAUCACGACAAUAUGGCAAGGGCAUCGACUCUAUUUAGUGGUCUCAGAUGCAGUAGUUGCGGAGCUACUUCUAAAGACUUGCUUAGAGAAAGAUGAUGCAGUUGAUUGUUUGAGGUUCGUGACUGGCAAUGGCAGUAUCUUUGCUCCAGUCAGUAUUUGGCGUCCUCGUCGAAAAGUAUUGGCUCCAACCUUCAGUCCAAAGAACUUGCAGCAGUUUGCUGAAAUCUUCUCUCGGCAGAGCUCCAUUAUGGUAGAGCAGUUGCAGGCUGCUGUAGGAAAAGGAGCCUUCUCUAUCUGGCAAUACAUUACGACGUAUACCAUGGAUUCUGUAUGUGAAACAACUCUAGGCGUUUUAGUAAAUUCUCAGAAACAAUCGGAACAACCAUUUCUGAAAGCUUUCGAUAAAUGUACUCAAUUGGAUGCUGACCGACUUUGCAAGCCAUGGUUCCAUCCUCCAGCUAUAUACGAAAUGACACCAGCUUACAAACUACAUUUAAAAUGCAGAAACUAUAUUUGUAAAUUCGUUGAUCAGAUUAUAAAAACCAAAAAAGAAACUUUGGCAGAAGAAAAGGUGUCAAUGGCCGAAUCUGAACAAAACAUAAAACUCGAUGGUCUGAAGACAUUCUUGGAGCUACUAAUAGAUUCUUCUGGAGGUGACCGAGGGUACUCAGAUGUGGAGUUAAGAGAAGAAACUUUAGUAUUGGUCUUAGCUGGAACCGACACCUCUGCAGUAGGCACCGCUUUCACUUCAGUUUUACUAUCAAGAUAUCCUGAUGUACAGGAAAAAGUUUACCAAGAGUUGCUUGAGGUAUUCGGAAAUUCCAAAAGACCAGUUGUAGCCGAAGAUCUUCCUAGACUUAAGUAUCUGGAUGCUGUUAUAAGAGAAACGUUACGUUUGUACCCUCCAGUGCCUAUAAUUGCGAGGAAGAUCGACAAGGAAAUUACACUACCGUCAGGAAUCACUUUAAUAGAAAAUUGUGGAGUUGUUAUCAAUAUCUGGGCGCUACAUCGUAAUCACCAUUACUGGGGAGACGACGCAGAGCAGUUCCGACCUGAGCGGUUCAUUGACACGCCACUCAAGCAUCCCGCUGCAUUCAUGCCCUUUAGCCACGGACCGAGAGCUUGUAUUGGUUAUCAAUAUGCAAUGAUGUCAAUGAAAACUGCCCUGUCAUCUCUGCUCCGUCAAUAUACGAUUCUCCCGCCAUCUGACGUCGAAGACUUGAAGCCUUUAAGACUGAAAUUUGACAUAAUGAUGAGAGAUGUUGAUAAUUUUAUCAUACAACUUGUAAAAAGAAAUUGAAUUAAGUAAUAAUUUUAACGGGUCCCAGAAACUAAUUUAUUUUUUGCCUAUAGUAUUAAGGUAGUAUUUAGGUAUAUUUUUUAAGUAUUCUAAGUGUUUUUGGGGUUAAACAUAUUUAUAUAAAGGUUUUGUUAAGCAUAGAUAAUUUUGGCUGUAUGUUCUAUGAUGAUUUUUACUUGAUUGCCUUUAAGUUUUCGCUGUUUUAUCUGUGAAAGUGGGUUUUAUGUAUUGUCGAACUAAAAACAUAACAUAAUUAUGUUUUAUUUGUAAGUUGAUACAACUUUAUGUUAAAAUAAAAUUCCGUGCAUUACUUUUAUCUUUUUUUUGGUUAUUUUUACAAGCUUUUAUUUAACCUUAAGUGUUACUUUACUUUAUUAUACUUUUUACUUUAUGAAAUUUACUUAUUUUAAAAUUAAUUAUUUCACGAGCACGUUUCUAAACUCGGCAGACUGAAUAAUAAUUGUCAAUGUCAUACCUUGUUAGGUAACGUUCACACACUCAAUUCUAAGGCUGCGUUCACAACAUAAUUGCAUUCACAACAUUAUUUUACC